GCGCGCUCCCCGCUUCUGCUUGGCUUUCCGGCUUAAUUUUCCGCGGCGGGAUUAAAGUUGGAAAUUGACCGGAGAAUUGAGUUGCCGGGGAACAGAGCCCCGGCCGCCGCCAGAGCGAUGUUCCCGCAGAGCCGGCACCCGACGCCGCACCAGGCUGCAGGCCAGCCCUUCAAGUUCACUAUCCCGGAGUCCCUGGACCGGAUUAAAGAGGAAUUCCAGUUCCUGCAGGCGCAGUAUCACAGCCUUAAAUUGGAAUGUGAGAAACUGGCAAGUGAAAAGACAGAAAUGCAGAGGCACUAUGUGAUGUAUUAUGAAAUGUCAUAUGGAUUAAACAUUGAAAUGCACAAACAGACUGAAAUCGCCAAGAGAUUGAAUACGAUUUGUGCACAAGUCAUCCCAUUUCUGUCUCAGGAACAUCAACAACAGGUGGCCCAGGCUGUCGAACGUGCCAAACAGGUGACCAUGGCAGAGUUGAAUGCCAUCAUCGGGGUACGUGGCCUACCAGGUCUACCUCCUACACAGCAGCAGUUGCAAGCUCAGCAUCUUUCUCAUGGCCACGGACCCCCAGUUCCCCUUACGCCUCAUCCUUCGGGACUUCAGCCUCCUGGAAUCCCGCCCCUCGGGGGCAGUGCCGGCCUUCUUGCGCUGUCUAGUGCUCUGAGUGGGCAGUCUCACUUGGCAAUAAAAGAUGACAAGAAGCACCACGAUGCAGAGCACCACAGAGACAGAGAGCCGGGCACAAGUAAUUCCCUCCUGGUCCCAGACAGUCUAAGAGGCACAGAUAAACGCAGAAAUGGACCUGAAUUUUCCAAUGACAUCAAGAAAAGGAAGGUGGAUGAUAAGGACUCCAGCCACUAUGACAGUGAUGGUGACAAAAGUGAUGACAACUUAGUUGUGGAUGUGUCUAAUGAGGACCCUUCUUCUCCGCGAGCAAGCCCUGCCCACUCGCCCCGGGAAAAUGGAAUCGACAAAAAUCGCCUGCUAAAGAAGGAUGCUUCUAGCAGUCCAGCUUCCACGGCCUCCUCGGCAAGUUCCACUUCUUUGAAAUCCAAAGAAAUGAGCUUGCAUGAAAAAGCCAGCACGCCUGUUCUGAAAUCCAGCACACCAACGCCUCGGAGCGACAUGCCAACGCCGGGCACCAGCGCCACUCCAGGCCUCCGUCCAGGUCUCGGCAAGCCUCCAGCCAUAGACCCCCUCGUUAACCAAGCGGCAGCUGGCUUGAGGACACCCCUGGCAGUGCCCGGCCCAUACCCUGCUCCUUUUGGGAUGGUCCCCCACGCUGGCAUGAACGGCGAGCUGACCAGCCCAGGCGCUGCCUACGCCAGUUUACACAACAUGUCGCCCCAGAUGAGCGCCGCAGCCGCCGCGGCCGCCGUGGUGGCCUACGGGCGCUCCCCCAUGGUGGGGUUUGAUCCUCCCCCUCACAUGAGAGUACCUACCAUUCCUCCAAACCUGGCAGGAAUCCCUGGGGGGAAACCUGCAUACUCCUUCCACGUUACUGCAGACGGUCAGAUGCAGCCUGUCCCUUUUCCCCCCGACGCCCUCAUCGGACCCGGAAUCCCCCGGCAUGCUCGCCAGAUCAACACCCUCAACCACGGGGAGGUGGUGUGCGCGGUGACCAUCAGCAACCCCACGAGACACGUGUACACGGGUGGGAAGGGCUGCGUCAAGGUCUGGGACAUCAGCCACCCUGGCAAUAAGAGCCCUGUCUCCCAGCUCGACUGUCUGAACAGAGACAAUUAUAUCCGUUCCUGUAAAUUGCUACCUGAUGGCUGCACUCUCAUAGUGGGAGGGGAAGCCAGUACUUUGUCCAUUUGGGACCUGGCGGCUCCAACCCCGCGCAUCAAGGCGGAGCUGACAUCCUCGGCCCCCGCCUGCUACGCCCUCGCCAUCAGCCCCGAUUCCAAGGUCUGCUUCUCGUGCUGCAGCGACGGCAACAUCGCUGUGUGGGAUCUGCACAACCAGACACUAGUGAGGCAAUUCCAGGGCCACACAGACGGAGCCAGCUGUAUUGACAUUUCUAAUGAUGGCACCAAGCUCUGGACGGGUGGUUUGGACAACACAGUCAGGUCCUGGGACCUGCGCGAGGGGCGGCAGCUGCAGCAGCACGACUUCACCUCCCAGAUCUUCUCCCUGGGGUACUGCCCCACUGGGGAGUGGCUGGCGGUGGGCAUGGAGAGCAGCAAUGUGGAGGUGCUGCACGUGAACAAGCCUGACAAGUACCAGCUGCACCUGCAUGAGAGCUGCGUGCUGUCCCUGAAAUUUGCUUACUGUGGUAAAUGGUUUGUGAGUACUGGAAAAGAUAACCUCCUCAAUGCUUGGCGGACCCCCUAUGGAGCCAGCAUAUUCCAGUCCAAAGAGUCCUCGUCAGUGCUUAGCUGUGACAUCUCUGUGGAUGAUAAGUACAUAGUCACUGGCUCGGGGGACAAGAAGGCUACAGUCUAUGAAGUCAUCUACUGAAAUCAUUAUGUGGUUUAACGUUUAUAGUUGAAUUGGGCCAAAAUGUUUCGAAUUUAUAGAAAUAGAAAAGUUGUAACUUUAAAAGAGAAAAAAAAUUACAAACACCUGUUUCCAAACCUUGACACAAAACUACUUUGAGUCUACAAAGAGGAGGCGACAAGUCCAUCAGCAGAAAGUCACCUGUCUACAUAGACCAAAUGGAGCACCAAGGCCAAGCGGACAGAGGGGCCAUGGGUUGUAGGAUUGAGGAACGGAAUCUGCCGACUCACAUGACAGCCCAUUCUUUCUUUCUGGGUGAUCUGGGGAUCACGCCUUGCCCAAGUGUGAGAUUACCUUUCUGUUCCUUGCAGUUCACCUCACUUUCCGUCCUUUGUAGAGCAGUGGUGUCUCCAAUGAACUUGUUUCCUGGUUUUGCAUCUUGUGAAAUGUUUUUUUGUAUUUUUGUUGAAGGUUAAACAUUUGUAUAAAUUGUAAAUAUAUUUGGUUUAUUACAGUAAAGGCUUUAGUACCAAUAA